AUGAGCGACAUCCGCCACUCGCUGCUGCGCCGCGACGCGCUGAGCGCCGCCAAGGAGGUGCUGUACCACCUGGACAUCUACUUCGGCAGCCAGCUGCAGAGCCAGGGCGCGCCGCUGCCGCUCGGCGACCAGGGCCCCGUGGAGCUGCUCGAGGAGUUCGUGUACCAGGUGCCCAAGGAGCGCGGCGCGCAGCCCAAGAGAUUGAAUUCACUCCAGGAGCUCCAACUGCUUGAAAUCAUGUGCAAUUAUUUCCAGGACCAAACCAAGGACUCUGUCCGGCAGAUUAUUUUCUCAUCCCUUUUCAGCCCCCAAGGGAACAAAGCGGAUGACAGCCGGAUGAGCUUGCUGGGAAAACUGGUCUCCAUGGCGGUGGCUGUGUGUCGAAUCCCAGUGCUGGAGUGUGCAGCCUCCUGGCUCCAGCGGACGCCGGCGGUGUACUGCGUGCGGCUGGCCAGGGCCCUGGUGGACGACUACUGCUGCCUGGUGCCCGGCGCCGCGCAGACGCUGCGCCAGGUCUUCGGCGCCAGCCCCCGCUUCUGCUGCCAGCUCGUCACGGCCGUCACCGCGCUCUACGACCUGUCGUCAGACGACCUCAUCCCGCCGCUGGACCUGCUGGACAUGAUUGUCUCCUGGAUCUCCGAGGACUCGCGGCUGAUCCUCAUCACCUUUUUAAAUACUCCGAUCGCGCCCAACCUCCCCAUCGGGUUUUUAGAGCUCACGCCGCUCACGGGACUGAUCCGCUGGUGCGUGAAGGCCCCGCUGGCUUACCGGAGGAAGAAGCCCUCCCUGGCCAACGGCCACGGCGCCGCCAAGGCCGCCCCGGACGCCGCGGCGCCGGACAGGGACCCCCAGCUGCUGUACUCCAGGCUGCACCUGAGCGUGCUGCAGGUGCUCAUGGUGCUGCAGGUGCACCUCACCGAGAAGAACCUCUACGGCCGCCUGGGCCUCAUCCUCUUCGACCACAUGGUCCCGCUGGUCGACGAGAUCAACCGGCUGGCGGACGAGCUGAACCCCCUCAACGCCUCGCAGGAGAUCGAGCUCUCCCUGGACCGCCUGGCGCAGGCCCUGCAGGUGGCCAUGGCCUCCGGCGCGCUGCUGUGCACGAGAGAGGACCUGAGGACCUUGUGCUCCCGGCUGCCCCACAAUAACCUGCUGCAGCUGGUGAUCUCGGGGCCCGUGCCACAGUCGCCCCACGCGGCCCUGCCCCCCGGCUUCUACCCUCACAUCCACACGCCGCCACUGGGCUACGGGGCCGUGCCCGCCCACCCCGCCGCCCACCCCGCCCUGCCCACGCACCCCGGGCACACCUUCCUCUCGGGCAUGGGGUUUCCCUUCAGGCCCAUCCGCUAG